AGCCCCACACGCUUACUAAAACUAAAACCUCGCCCCGUUCCCCUCCCUCUCCGAGAUUUUAAACCAAAACCCUCGCCAUUAACCUUCGAUUCCCCCUGAAUUUAAUCGUAGAUUCACGCACAGGAGAAGAGAUUUUCGAUCCAAACCCUACAUAUCCUCUUCCCCAUUCUCCUCAAACCGUCUCUUCGAUCUCGAUUCGAGCAUCGGAAGAGGGGAAAUUGGUCCCCCAUUUGACGGAUCCGGUGAGUUUGGCUCCGGCUAGGGUUUUGAGAGCUCGUCGUCUUCAUCCUCCCACGAUUUCCGCACCAAUGUGGUCAGCUAGGGUUUUGUGGUGGUGGUAAUGGAGGUGCUGAGUGGAGACGAUGGGCGGUGGUGUAAUGCUUCUGCUCGCGCUUCUCCAUUUGAGCUCUCUUUGUUUUGGUCGGAGGUUGUCCGCACUGGAGGUUUGCCAUGGCAUACUGCAGCAAGAGUGACACCAACUCCAUCAUCUAGUCCAUCCAUCCCUCCUGAAAUUAUGCCUUCCGGACCAAGACCUGCCCCUGCAUAUUCUCCAACUCAUCCAGGCCCCAGAGCUAAUCCUCCUCUGCCAAAUCAUCGAAAGCGGAUGCCCCAUGUCAUCCCAUCACCCUCAUUCAUACCACCACAAGCAGGUUGUGAGGGAAUUCUUUGCUCUGACCCACUCACCUCAAGUCCGCUUGGUUCUCCCUGUGGUUGUGUAUUACCAAUUAAAGUCAUCAUUGAUCUUGGGAUAGCUCCAUAUCUACUAUUUAUGCGUAUAGCAGAAUUAGAGGUUGAGGUCGCUGAUGGCACGUUCCUAAAGCAAAGCCAGGUGAAAAUCAUGGCUGCUGUUCCAAGUAUCCAGGAUCAACAAAAGACAAGAAUCACUAUAUAUUUGGUGCCUCUUGGGCAAAAGUUUGAUAAUACAACUGCUUUACUAAUUUACGAGAGGGUAUGUCAUCAGAAGAUGCCGCUGAAUAUGUCCAUUUUUGGUGAUUAUGAAGUAUUAUAUGUUCACUAUCCAGGACUUCCUUCCUCUCCAACAUCUGUGCCUCGGGAAACAGUGGGAUUUGGCCCUAGUGGCACUGGAAUUGACAAGUACCCUUUUACUGCAGAUGUGCCCACUAGCAGGACCCGGAAAUUAAAUGCUGGGAUUGUUGCUGUAAUUGUAGUAUCUUCUUGUACAGUCAUCUUGGCAUGUGUUGGAGUAGUUCUUUUUGUAUUAAAAUGGAGGAAACUUGGACGACCGCCUAGUGUUGUGAGCCCUGCAAUUACCCAAUCAAUUCCUAAGAGAUCUGGCAUGAGGUCUACAUUAUCCAGUAGCAUGGCGAGCUCCAUAUCAGUAUCAGAUGUUCCAACAAUGGCUACUUGCCCACUGACAGUAAAAAUGUUUUCAUUGCGUGAACUGGAGAAGGCCACAGAUGGCUUCAGCUUGAAAAGAGUUUUGGGAGAAGGCGGUUUUGGGCGUGUUUAUCAUGGGACCAUGGAGGAUGGAAGUGAGGUUGCUGUUAAGAAGUUGCUUAGAAGGGAGGACCAAAGUGGGGACCGCGAGUUUAUUGCUGAAGUGGAGAUACUAAGCCGAUUACAUCAUCGUAAUCUCGUCAAGCUGAUCGGAAUAUGCAUUGAUGGGAGCAAAAGAUGCUUGAUAUAUGAGCUUAUCUGCAACGGAAGUGUUGAGUCUCAUCUGCACGGUGCAGAUAAGAUAAAGGGACUUCUGAAUUGGGAUUUAAGAAUGAAAAUCGCCCUCGGCGCUGCUAGAGGUCUGGCGUAUUUACAUGAAGAUUCAAACCCCUGUGUCAUACACCGCGAUUUUAAAGCCAGUAACAUAUUAUUGGAAGAAGAUUUCAACCCCAAGGUUACUGAUUUUGGUCUAGCAAGGGAGGCGUCAGAAGGGAGCCAUCAUAUUUCUACCAGGGUCAUGGGUACUUUUGGAUAUGUUGCUCCAGAAUAUGCAAUGACUGGGCAUCUUCUCGUAAAGAGUGACGUCUACAGCUAUGGCGUGGUUUUAUUAGAACUACUAUCUGGUCGUAAGCCCGUAUACAUCUCCCAAUCCCAAGACCCUGAGAACCUUGUGACGUGGGCCCGCCCUCUACUCAGCAGCAGAGAAGGUCUUGAGAAAUUAAUUGACCCCUCUCUGAAUAAAAUUUACGACUUUGAUAAUGUUGCCAAAGUAGCAUCCAUCGCCUCAAUGUGUGUUCACACCGACCCAUCUCAAAGACCGUUCAUGGGGGAAGUCGUACAGGCACUUAAGCUUGUAUACAAUGAUAACAUUGAUGAGACUUUCGAUGAUUCCUGCAGUCAGAGAGCGUCGUCCUCUGCGCCCGACUACAAUUACAAAGGGGAAUUGGACAAUGAGAGUAGCUGGUGGAAUGGCGGUUCACCGACCGUGGCUUAUGGGCAUUCUUUGCCCUUUAUAACCAUGGAGUGUAGCUCAGAUCGGAUAGAAGAAGAAAGGCAGAGGCCUCAUUCAACUUCCUCAUUUGUCAGAAGGGACGAGUCCACUGCUGUGCUUAGUCUGUCGGAUCCUUUGAGAAACAAUAAGUUUGCCGGAUUUUACCAUUCUAGAGGGAGUACAAGCGAGCAUGGGCACCUCUCACACCAGCUCGGUGUUAACCGGCAUUAGUCUUAAAGCUUGUGCAAGAUGAUUUUUCGCUCUCUCAUGUGAGUUAACCCUCAAAUUGUACAGUUCUGAAAAUUUCCGUUUUCUAAUAUGUUGCUAUAUUGUAGUAUGGUUUUUAGUGCGGCACCCCUGUGCUAAGAAAGAGGGUGCUAAGAAAGGGGCUGAGAUUGUGGCUUCUAGUUUUUGAGUAGUUUGAUUCAUUUCUCAUGCAUCAAGUAUGUAAUUUUAUGUGUUUUAUAACAGAUGCCCCGGCACUUUCUUUUGUGCCAUGGGGAUAUAGUAGAGUUUCUGUUCUCUUUUUUAUCCAUUUUGAUUUCGAGGAA